AUGAAUUAUUUGUCCAAGAUGUCAAUACAGGGUGAUGAUCCAGGUGGUGAUGGGGGUUCAGAUCAGAAUGAGGUCAAUCAAGAAGACUAUGUGUUGCUAGGAGAAUCUUAUCCGGUUUUACCACUUGAUAAUAAUAAUGGGGCAGGGGAAGAAAAUAAGAAUGUUAACGAACCCUAUCUCGCUCGUCUGAUUGGUGGUCUUUUCAGUAAGAAUAGUAAUGAAAAUCCGGAUUUCUUAUCAGAUGUGAGGUCUAGAUUGCAUUUUACAUAUAGAACAAGGUUCAUGCCAAUUCCAGCAGUACCAGGGGGACCUUCACCAUUAAGUUUCCAUUUUCUCAUCAGGGAAAAUCCUAUAAAUGCUAUUGAGAAUGCGAUUAACAAUCCAGCAUGUUUUAAUACUGAUGUCGGAUGGGGUUGCAUGAUACGUACCGGUCAGAGUUUACUGGGUAAUGCAUUACAAAUUGCUCGGUUGGGUCGUGGAUAUCGUAUUGGAUCAGAAUUGAAACCUGAGGAAAUAUCUAUCAUUGAUUGGUUUGUAGACAUUCCAGAUGCACCGUUUUCGAUUCACAAUUUUGUAUCUAAGGGGAUGGAAUUAUCAAGUAAAAGGCCUGGAGAAUGGUUUGGACCUGCUGCCACUUCGAGAAGUAUCCAAAGUCUAAUACGUGGAUUUAAACAAUGUGGGAUUGACGAUUGUCAAAUUUCAGUAUCUUCUGGAGACGUCUACGAAGAAGAUGUGAUGAAAGUUUUCAAUGAGUCUAAGGAUAGUAGAAUUCUUUUGUUAUUAGGUGUUAAAUUGGGUAUUAAUGCGGUUAACGAAUUUUAUUGGAAUGAUAUUAAAAGGUUAUUGGGAUCAAAAUUUUCUGUGGGCAUAGCUGGGGGCAGGCCCUCUUCGUCACUUUAUUUUAUUGGAUAUCAGGGGAACGAAUUGCUAUAUCUAGAUCCUCAUACUGCACAACCAUUCCUUUCGCCAUCUCAUCAAGAGCGCUCUUUUUACGACUCGUGUCAUUCUUCCAACUACGGUAAAUUGGCCAUUCAAGAUUUGGAUCCAUCUAUGCUUAUCGGUAUCCUAAUAUCAGGUGAAGAAGAAUUCAAAGAAUGGAAGCGAGAGGUAAAAGAUUCUCACAUUAUAAACAUUUUAGAGAGGAAACCGGGUCCCAUGGAAUCUGUUUUUGAUGGUGAUUUGGAUAGUUUUAACAUGCCGGAUAAUGAUGGAUUUAACGAUAAAAGUACUAUAGUCGAUGGUGACUACGUGGAUAUUAGAGCUGUAAUAAAGCAUAACGACAGUGCAUCCUGCUGUGAAAAGGACGACGGAUUUCAAGAUAUACACUGCAAGAAACAACACAUCGUUGUAAUUGGUGAUCGUAGUUGUUCAACUACUUCACAAGACGUGGAAGUAGAAAAAGUGCUUGUUGAACACGAAACCGUAGGGGUUCCUGAACCCCAGCAUAAUGAGGUAGCGGAUAUACUCUAG